UUCCCAAUACUGGGCAUACAUUCUACAAUCCCUCCCAAGAUGCCUGACGUGACAGUAAUCAAUAACCUUACCGAAGAAAUCCAUGCUGCUUUCUUCUUAGGCGUCCCUACCAAUUGGAAAAAUCAGCUCAAACCCGGAGAACGUUGGACAACGCACCUUGCCAGCCUCCCGCAUCGUUUUGAAGCGCGCUCUGUGACGGAGAGUCGCGAGUUCAGUCGCGAUGAAUCCAUGGAGAUGCUUGCAACCAUCGGAGGCGCUUGCGCUGCCGGUACUGCUUCUGUAGUUACAGGGGUUGUUGGCAUACCCGCUUCAGUACCGCUUAUGGCUAUUGCGAAUGCUGGUGGCGCAAAAUAUGGUGCAUGGGGUGCAGAUGGGAGGAAGUGCAUUGCGAGAGUGUGGGUGCCAUUGUGGCACCAUCGGGAGUAUUCAGUUAGAGUGAUUGAUGGGAAGUGUGUUCUAUGGGAAGUCGGUGCUAAUAGAUUGGUCUAAUAGCUAUGACUGUUUUCCGGACUAGGCGCGUUGUCAUUAUGUACACAUUGGCAGUGUAGCUAGUUGACUAUGAUUAGGGCCUGCAGGAUAAACUAUGCCGAUGUCCUGUUGAUAUGGGAUUUUCUAGUAGGGCUGGGGAUCCAUUAUAUACGAGAUUUUACACCAAAAACGGUCGCAACAUCUU